GGCAACCGGCUUAAUUCUUUUGGAGUUUCGGCUUUAACCUUGAACUGGCUUUAACAAAUACAACGCGGGUUGUUUCUAGUGUCGAGACCUGUCAACUUAUUUUUGUCGCUUUAUUCGGCUUAUUAUUAUUAUUAACGAUGUAGAGAUAUUUUCUCGCCGACUGUAUCAAGCGUCGACGUCGUACGCAUUGUCGAGUCGUUCUCGCGGAAACCCAUACGUCUCGCCGUUGUCACCGAGGUCUCAACGAUUUUUUGAAAUUACGCUUAACCGUCCGAGUGCCGGCAAUCUGAUACGGACUUUAUAUUCUUCGAAUAUAUUUUGUCGAGAAAAGGACAGUGCAGCCUUGUGCGAAAACGGAAUGGCGCUCGAAGUCAAUUAUGAACAGUUAUUGGAAGAACAAAAGGAGCCUAACACCCUGAUUGUUGACAUUAGAGAGCCUUCUGAGAUAAGCGAGACUGGCGCAUUACCAGGAAGCAUCCAUAUACCAAUGGGUGACGUUAGGAAUGUAUUCGAAAAUUUUUCAGAGGAAGAGUUUCAGGAAAAAUAUGGCAAGCCUAAGCCAACUACAGACACAAAAAUCAUAUUUAGCUGCCGGUCUGGCAAAAGAAGCAUGUCUAUGCAACAAACCAUGCAGAAAUUAGGAUACACACAGGCACAUCACUACCCUGGAGGCUGGUUGGAGUGGGAAGAAAAAAGUGCAGGAAGAAGAAAGUGAACAGAGUAACAGUGAAGCAAAAAAGUAGUUGAACAUAAAAAAGAAACUACCAUUACAAUGUUAUUAAUAGAAUGAUUUCACCGUGGCACUGAUUUUUAAUAACGAUAUUAAGAUGUUCUAUUAUGCAAAUAAUAAAAGCUAAAGUUUUAUUUUGAUGUAA